AACGCCUCUACUGCGACACAUUUGGAGACCGGACGUGAAUGGUUGUGACACACCGAGAUGGUGGAAGUUGUUUUGGUUGAUUUUAAAGAGUUAGAGACAUAAUGGACGACCGUGAGCUGGACCUGACAGCGGCACAGAAAGCGACGAAGUCCAAAUACCCGCCGAUCAACAAGAAAUAUGAAUACCUGGAUCACACAGCAGAUGUACAAAUUCACUCUUGGGGAAACGAUUUGGAGGAAGCCUUCGAGCAGUGUGCCAUGGGCAUGUUUGGCUACAUGACGGACACAGAGACAGUAGAGCCGAUUGACACUGUUGAAGUGGAAUCAGAGGGUGAUGACAUGGAGUCUCUUCUUUUCCACUUCCUAGAUGACUGGCUGUACAAGUUUAGUGCAGAUCUCUUCUUUGUUCCCCGGGAGGUCAAAGUUUUGCACAUAGACAGAAUGCACUUCAAGAUCCGCUCCAUUGGUUGGGGUGAAGAAUUCUCUCUGGCAAAGCAUCCACAGGGAACUGAAGUGAAAGCCAUCACAUACUCCGCAAUGCAGAUCCAUGACAUUGAAAAACCAGAGAUAUUUGCCAUCAUUGAUAUCUGACAAUACCUCCAGAGGCAGACAACACUCCUGGUUCAAUGAAACUGGAAUAUCUAAUCGGCCAAUUUAAGUGGCCUUAAGGCACUGAUUCUUGAUUGUAAAAUCUGGUUUUGUAUUUGUAAGGUGAACUGUUUACCAACAGAAAUGUUUCCCAACAUUUCUGUUCACUAAUAGAUUACAGUGAUAUGACACUGAUAUUUUAUAAAUUGUAUAAUUUCAGAAAUCACAAAACCUCGUAAAUAAUGACUCUUUGCUUAUAGUCACUAUUGAAAGGUCAAACUCUAAUUUAGAACAAUGUAAAACAUUUUGUCAAACCAGUUUUACUUGAAAUGCUUUUGCAAAUUCUUAUUUAUCACAAAUUUGACAUGAAUUGUUUCAAUUCGUUAUUCAUUGUAAAUAAAUCAACAUACUUUUAUUUUUCUGCUGUGGAAUUGAUUAAAUGGUUACUGGUACUUUAAAAUAAAAUCUUGCUUUUG